AUGGUAAAUUAUCCAAGUGAAACAAUUUUGAAACGCCAGUUAAAGGAGAUUCAAAAACAUCCUAUUCAGGGUUUUUCUGCUGGGCUUAUAGACGAUAAUAAUGUGUAUGAGUGGGAAGUUCUUAUUAUUGGUCCUGAAGAUACUUUAUAUGAGGGGGGAUUCUUUAAAUGUCAAUUAUCAUUUCCUUUGGAAUAUCCUCAUCUUCCACCAAAAAUGAGGUUUAUUACUGAAUUAUAUCAUCCCAAUGUUUAUGCAGAUGGUCUUGUAUGUAUAUCGAUUCUUCACCCUCCUGGAGAAGACAAGUUUGGGUACGAAGAUGCAUCAGAACGAUGGAGAGCUGUUCAUACACCUGAAACUAUUCUUCUUUCUGUUAUUUCUAUGCUUUCUAGUCCUAACUUUGACAGUCCUGCCAAUAUUGAGGCUGCAAAACAUUGGAGAGAUGAUCCACAAGGAUUUAAAAAGAAAGUGAGAAGAUUAGUUCGUCAGAGUGCUGAAAAUUUUGAAUGA